GCCAAAUCUUCAUCCUUCCCCUUCCCACAAAUCCUCCCACAACCCAACAACCCCACGCCCCUCGCAAAAAAAUUAAAAAAGUCUUUCAAAGCAUCUCUUUCCUACUUCUCUUGUCUGUCUUUAUACAAUAGGCGUUGACAAGAGUACACGCGAAGAGUCAUCCCCUUUUCACAGUCAGCACUGCCCUCUGUCGAGUCGUUCUACCAUCUUCGCAGUUGGAGACGUGACACUUUCGCUGUUUCUGUCUCUCCCUUCGAUACAAACGACUCCUUUUCAGUCAACCGUCCCUGAACGGCAUCUAAAUCUCGUUUUCUCUCAUCGCUCGUUUGGACGCGGUCUCGAGAAAUCUUCGAUUUUCACCAUACCACCAACUAAUAAUUGACGGUCGACGUCAAGACACGCAAACAACGCACAUACAUACCUCCACAUUCGCACCUUUCGAACCACUCAUCGCAUCGACAACCACCCAACAUGGCUGAUCAGUUGAACAUGAACGGUCUCUCGCUCAACGACUCCCAGCACGCUCCCAGCCAGAAUGGCUUCAGUAACCAGAACACGUACAUCCCGCCUCACAUGCGGUCUCGUGCUGCCGGCAACAUGGGCGGCGGCGCGCCUCGCAUGAACAACGGCUACAACAGUCAGAACGGGUCAGUUUCAUCCCAAAUGAAAACUAGAGCCCGUACCACUGACGCUCCACGUAGCUUCGACGGCGGUGCUUCUUCCUGGGGCUCAACUCCCAAUUUCACCCCCAACGGUGCUGGAGGUGGUCCUCCAACAGGCCGCAACUGGGACCAGCCCAACGUGCCUAGCUAUCGUGGCGGUAACAGCUCCAACUUCUACCCCAACAAGUCCUAUGGCUCGAGAGGCGGCGGAAACUUCUCUGGUGGACAAGCUACGGGCUCUGGUGACGGCAAGUGGAUCGAUGGCAAGCACAUCCCGGGUCCGGCAAACCCACGCCUCGAGCGUGAAUUGUUUGGCGUGCCCAACGAUCCGACUAAACAGCACACCGGCAUCAACUUCGAGAAGUACGACGAAAUUCCAGUCGAGGCCUCUGGCCAAGACGUCCCCGAACCCGUCACGCAAUUCACCAAGCCGCCCCUUGACGACCACCUGUUGAGCAACAUUGAGCUUGCUGGUUACAAACAACCAACCCCCGUUCAGAAGUACUCCAUUCCCAUCGUCAUGCAGGGUCGUGACCUGAUGGCUUGUGCUCAGACCGGUUCUGGCAAGACUGGUGGUUUCUUGUUCCCAAUUUUGGCCCAGGCCUUCCAGACGGGUCCGGCCCCACUUCCUCCAUCAGCCAGUGGUGGAUUCGGGCGCCAACGCAAGGCUUUCCCAACGUCCUUGAUCCUGGCCCCGACGCGCGAGCUGGUCUCUCAGAUCUAUGACGAGGCUCGCAAGUUCGCGUACCGCUCUUGGGUUCGCCCAUGCGUCGUGUACGGUGGCGCCGACAUUGGCUCUCAGCUCCGUCAAAUCGAACGUGGCUGCGAUCUGCUUGUCGCUACACCAGGUCGUCUGGUCGAUUUGAUUGAACGUGGCCGCAUCUCCCUGGUUAACAUCAAGUAUCUUGUCCUGGAUGAGGCUGACCGCAUGUUGGACAUGGGUUUCGAGCCGCAGAUUCGUCGCAUAGUCGAGGGAGAGGAUAUGCCUCCUGUCCAUGCUCGUCAGACGCUCAUGUUCUCUGCCACUUUUCCACGUGACAUUCAGAUCCUUGCUCGAGAUUUCUUGAAGGAUUACAUCUUCCUGUCCGUCGGCCGUGUCGGUUCCACUUCUGAAAAUAUUACGCAGAAGGUCGAGUACGUCGAAGACAACGACAAGAAGUCCGUUUUGCUCGACAUUCUCCACACGCAGGAAAAGGGCCUGACCCUCAUCUUUGUCGAGACUAAACGCAUGGCUGAUGCUCUAUCCGACUUUCUCAUCAAUCAGAACUUCCCUGCCACCUCCAUUCACGGCGAUCGUACCCAGCGUGAGCGCGAGCGAGCCCUUGAGAUGUUUCGCUCUGGCCACUGCCCAAUCUUGGUCGCGACCGCCGUUGCAGCUCGUGGUCUAGAUAUUCCCAACGUCACGCAUGUUGUCAACUAUGACCUCCCUACCGAUAUCGACGACUACGUCCACCGUAUCGGCCGUACUGGUCGUGCUGGUAACACUGGUCUUUCAACUGCAUUCUUCAACCGUGGUAAUCGUGGCGUUGUUCGCGAUCUGAUUGAGCUGCUCAAGGAGGCCAACCAAGAGGUUCCAAGCUUCCUCGAGGCUAUUGCUCGCGAGUCCUCUUAUGGCGGAGGCCGCGGUGGUCGCUCUGGUGGUCGCGGUCGUGGUGCUUCAGCCACUCGGGAUGUUCGUCGUGGCUUUGGCAACCAGGGUGGCGGCUUCAACUCCAACUCAGGCUUCGGUGGUGGAUACUCCGGAAACAACUACGGUGGCCCAGGAGGCUAUGGUGGCUCCGGAGGAUUCAACGGCCCCAGCUACGGCGCUGGCGGCUAUGGCGGCAACUAUGGCAACCCAAGCGGUGGCCCAGGUGGUUCUUCUUGGUGGUAAAUGCGAUCGCUCUCUCGAUCGAUUGUGCGCUUGACCGCCAAUUUCCUUCAGUAAACCUCCUCGCACACUACUGGGACUCCAAGGAGUUUACGGCAUCUUUUGAUUGUUCUGCUAAUUUUGACUUUGCGGCUUCAAUUUUUUUUCAUAUCUUUGUUUUCGGACAUGGGCACAUAGAACGAAUUGCUUUCGAAAGUCCGGCUCAGACAUACCCCGACAGCAUGAUAGAUUGCGUUUGAUGAGCAUGAGCAUUUUCCAGCAUCAACAUAUGGCGCUUCAAGAUCAAGUUCAUGUACGGCGCGCGAGAGAGUCCUAUCUCUGGGAUAAGGGAGCGAGAGGCUCUCUCACUUUUUCACGUAUAUGAACGAGGAACGAUGACGGCUAUGAUACCCCACACAACAAGAACGAAACAAAUGUUCAAGAGCAGAAAAGAGCUAGAGCGGACGGAUAUAUAUUUUUGACGGUUUGCUCGCUCGCUUGCUCGCUCGCCUUGUGUGGCGUUUGUUUUUCUACUGAUGCUGGUUCGGGGCUGCAAUCAAUGCAUGGCAUUCCCCCCAUGAUUAGACUAAUCCGGGCUUUCGAAAUAAAACCCGCUUUUCACAACAUCCAAUUUGCCGACAAGUUUUCUAUUCCUUACGCACUUCUGCGACAUGAAUUGCACAUUUUCUCAGUUUGCUUCUCAGUCGAGCACACGGUACAUUUUACGGCACGGAUUUCAUCUUUUUUUUUUCUCGGCUAAAGAAAAGAGCGAUCUCAUUUUCUUCUGAUAGACGGAGGGCGGAGGGCAAGCCUCUCUCUUUCUUCUCCUGGAUACCCUUCUACCAAAGGAGAACGAAAAGUUUACAUUACAUUUGAUGACCCAUCGAAUGGUUAACGGGAGGUAUCACGGAGAAUAAAGGAGAAUAAAGGUUACUCGGUUCUACUCGCUGCAUGGAGGCGUUUUUUUGAGAAAAAGAAAAACACGAGAGAUGAUAUCUCAUGAGAGGUGUCUUCUGCGCACUUGGACAGCGGUCAUUCUUUGAUCAGGAAAGGAAUGGAACGGGCAUGAACAAGAAGAAACGAGAUGGGACUUUCUCUCAUUUUCGAGGAACGGAAGGGAGCAAUUGGCGGUCAUGAUAUUGUUGUGCUUAGCUAAGCCUCCUUACGGCGGAAUGAGGUGCUUUUUUUCUGUUUCUCUCUGCCCUUUCUGGCGGUGGCUCUCCCUGCUUGUGCAGGCAAACGCCGCAGAGAACGCUGCGAUCUUGAUCAUGGCGGCCUAGGAGAAUGAGAUCAGGUACAAAAAAAAUGGCAUGUUUUGUUCGAACUUGUGCCCUGUGCAGGUGAGCAGAUGCUUGGUGCAGCCGGCGCGACGGCGAAGGUCCAGCACGUCAGACUCGUGAGACGUUCCUGGCACGUGUCGCAGCGAAUUUUCAACGGCGCCUUACCGCUUUCGUCCGAGCCGGUUGGGAUGCGGAUCUUCGCCACCGCUCCAGCGUCCACUGGCGAAGGGAACCAGGGGCCGACUGAACACCUCGCC